GGCUCAGGCAUGGAUUCCGGUGCUCCCUGUGAACAGAGGGACCUCAUGUCCCCACUCCCCCAGGGACAUUUCCAUCUACAGACAACCCAGAGACCAGAGCUGGGGAAGGACCACUGCUGACACUCCUCAGGCCAGCAGAAACUAGAGCACAUGAUCCCAUGGUCCCUGAAGCAAGAACAAGGCUGCUGAUGUGACCACCUUCCUUCCUUCUGAGAAUGUUUCUAUGAGUUAUUCUCAAUUAAGAAGCAAAUAAGCAAUUAUUUCCUAAGGAUUCAUAACAUUUCGGAACAACUUCCUCUUUUACACUUCCCUCAGUGAUUAUUGAAAAUUAUUUAAACAACAACAAGGAACGUCGUGCCCAUUGGUCCAAAUGUCAGGAGGUCCAGUGUAUAAAAGCCCCAGAAUGGAAGGAAUAGGUAACAGAAUCUAAAAACCACAACGCAAAACAGAAGCUCACCUUCCACCACUGACAGCAUGACUGGUUCAUUCUGCUCCCCUUACUGCCAGCCUACAUGCUGCAGGACCACCUGCUGCAGGACCACCUGCUGCAAGCCCACAUGCUGUGUGUCCAGCUGCUGCCAGCCUAGCUGCUGUGGGUCCAGUGGCUGUGGACAAGGCUGCAGUGGGUCCAGCUGCUGCGGGUCCAGCUGCUGCCAACCUUGCUGCUGCCGCCCAACUUGCUGUCAAACCACCUGCUGUAGGACCACCUGCUGCAAGCCCACAUGCUGUGUGUCCAGCUGCUGCCAGCCUUGCUGCCGCUCCAGUUGCUGCUCCACACCAUGCUCCCAGCCAGCUUGCUGCACCCCUGUGUACUGCAGAAGAACCUGCUACCAACCCACCUGCUGCUGCCUGCCUGGGUGCCUAGCCCAAGGCUGUGGAUCCAACUGUUGUCAGCCUUGCUGCCAACCAACCUGCUGUCAGAAUAAUUGCUAAAGGACCACUCUCUUGUUGUGGUGUUCAGCUUCAGCCAAACAUUUUGCUGUUGGUUGCUUCACAAAGAAAUACAAUGUGCAAAAAAUGUUUGCCAUCACCCAUUUCCAAUCACUGUAAUGUUUAAGACUCAUUAGGCUAUUCCAAAGAAUGUGAAGUACCUUUAUGAAAUAUAUGUCCCUUCUCACUGAGUCUGUUCUUUCUGUCUGUAAAUCAUGUGCCAGCUUCCUAUAUAGUUAUAUGGAUUCAUCAUAUCUGCAAUACAACACAGUGCAGAUCUCACUUCCAUCCCACUAAGGUGUAGAGAAAAAAAUUCAUGCAUCAUAGAUAAGUAUCUGACACUAAUGAAAGUUUAGGAUCAAGUUUUCUAUUCCAUUCCUCACAGUCCUUGUAUCCUCUUUUCAUCCUUGCAUGAACCUUUCAAAGGCCUCCCUCCAUGCAGUGGUGGGGGGAGGGUCUCACCUAUAUCUCUUAAUAAACCCUGUACCA